GCUUGUUCUCAUUCUGCGUCAGCAACUAUAUCUUCAAUAUCGUGGGAUGACAAAUUCUUAUCAAGGAAGAAUUGUCCCAGUAUAUCAUGGACGAUACGAUAUGUCACAGCCCUACUGCCUACCCAAUAAUAAACUUCUUGUAUUAUAUUAAGCUUAAACUGAAACACUUAAAUAGACUAUGAAACUUAUUUUAAUCAUUAUUUCCCUUAUAUAAUAACGUAUAAAAAGAAUUCAGACUCUUAAUCUCUUAAUUCAAAUAAAGCAUUCUUUCAUCUCAAGGAACCUACUUCAAAUCUAAACACAUAGAGAUGAAGCCGGUGCUAUGUUUAUACCCAGUGUAUAUAAAAUGGAUUUAGAUUAAACACUUUGCAUUUACUAUUUACCAUGUACUCUAGGUAAUUCACUUCAUUUGGAUAAGCGGUCACUUUCCCCAUCAUCUCAGGAAGGUGGUGUACAUAAUACCUGAAACUGUUUCGUGUGUGUCCUCACCAGCUUUUUGAAUGUUUUAAUGAAAGCUUUAUAAGUCAUAGAUGUGGUAUGUGUUUUCAGAUAUUGACAUGAAGAAGGAUAUAGAGGUGCUGAUAGCUGAGGAACGUGCACAGAUCAUCUGUAAAUAUGAUAAGGGCAGGGAGGAGGGUGUUGAGAUCGACCCUUGGGAGGAUGCCGACUACAGCAUUUACAAGGUCACGGAUCGAUUUGGCUUCCUGCAUGAGGAAGAGCUUCCCACUCCAACUCUUCUUGAAGAGAAGAAAAAGCAGCUGGAGAUUGAACGCGUACAGAAAUGGUUGAAGAUGGUCAAAAAAUGGGAGAAGUACAAAAACAGUGAGCGGUUGAUGAAGAGGGUGUACAAGGGGAUUCCACUUCAGCUGCGAGGUCAGGUCUGGAGCCUACUACUGGAUGUGGAGAAAGUUAAGAAGGAGAAUGAAGGGAAAUAUGAGAGAAUGAUCGAACAAGCCAAGAUCUACUCCACAGAAAUUAAACAGAUUGAUCUUGAUGUGAACAGGACCUUCCGAAACCACAUCAUGUUCAUGGAUCGAUUCGGAGUAAAGCAGAAGUCUCUGUUCCACGUGCUCACUGCUUACUCCGUAUACAACACGGAUGUGAGCUACUGCCAGGGUAUGAGUCAGAUAGCUGCCAUUCUGCUGAUGUAUAUGAAUGAGGAAGAUGCAUUCUGGGCCAUGUCCCAGCUCCUGACCAAUCAAAAACACGCCAUGCAUGGCUUCUUUAUCCCUGGAUUUCCCAAACUGCAGAGAUUCCAGAACCACCAUGAUCAGAUUCUGUACAAACUCCUCCCUAAACUGAAGAAGCAUCUGGACAAGGAGCAGAUGUCCAGCGGCAUUUACAGCACUAAAUGGUUCCUGCAGUGUUUUAUUGACCGGACCCCGUUCACCCUGACCUUACGCCUGUGGGACAUCUUUAUCCUUGAGGGAGAGAAGAUCCUCACAGCCAUGGCCUACACCAUCCUUAAACUGCAUAAGAAGCGUUUGUUGAAGAUGUCACUGGAGGAGCUGAGAGAAUUCCUACAGGAGAAGAUUGCUGAAUCCUUUGAUCUCAGUGAUGAUCUAGUCAUUGAGCAGCUUCAGGUCUCCAUGACAGAAUUGCGCAAAAUGAAGCUGGACCUUCCUUCUCCAGCUAAGCCAGAUGAGCUGCCACGGAAGCCACUUGGUGUGGAGCGGCCUGUACUGCUGACCCCUAUAAGACCCCACAACCCGAACCUGGAUCAGGAAACACCAGACAAGAGCCAGCUAGCCAAACAACCUCCAGCUUCGCUUCAGAUCUCACUCCAGGAAUCGAUUGUUCCUGAUCAGGGCUCUCCAGAAUAUAAGUGGCCCUAUCAGGAUAGGGAAAUAGACAGCGAAUCUCCAUUUCCCUCCCCUGACCCGGUGCUAGUGCAUACUGAGAUUGUUUUUGGCCCAGAUGGAGUGAUGGAAGGUCCUGAAGAGCAACCACCACCGUAUGAGCCUCCUAAAAAUGCUGGAACGAAUAACUCUUCACUUCCUUCCCACCUGGCCAUGAAUACUUGUGGAACUUCAACAGAAUCAGCACAUUUAGAUGCACCUCAGGACAUUUUGCAAGGAACUUUGCAGGUGACAGUGGAGGACGGUUUAUUUGUAAUGCACCCAAGCAAGUGCCAGUUGACAUUAUCUACAGCCUCAGUGCAAGAUUCCCAAUAUGAGAAGCUUGCAGAUAGAGAAAUGGUGGAAACAAGAGAAGAGAAAAGAUUUGUGUCAGAGAAGUCUAUGGUAUUAACUCAGAACUGUGCUUUUAUUAAAAUUCCCCACACAGACUCUGCACAGCAGUCAUCUUCCCCACACCGAGAAGUUUCAUUAUCCACAGCUAGAAGGAAACUGAUGACUGUUCACUCAGACCCGCUGUUUGAGCGCCAUGAUCUUCCCAGUCUGCCCAAAUCAGAGACUUUUUAAGCCAGCUGUUGAUUCUUUGACUUUUGUAAGGCAUUUAGAAUUUUUAGAAUCCUACAAUUACUGUAGGACUACAUUACUGCAUCACAUGGGCAGUAUAAUACAUUGUACUGUGCCUGGGUAGAGAUGCUUCGUAAAAUCACGCAAUGUUCAGUUUUCAUGCACCAAGUAAUAAUUGGAAAAAUGUAGGGAAAAUUAAUUUAAGAAAAAUCUUCAAUCUUUAAAAGGUCACUCAAAUGUUGCUUAAACCAAGAAAAGAAUUUAAAUAGUGAGCUGGCUCACUGUUACACAUGGGCCACAAAUUUCAUUAAUGUAUUUUUUUGCCUAGUUCCAAUAGAACAAUUGGUGAACUAAAAAUUAUUGGCAGAAAAAAGCCACAAAUCCAGGAUCCAUUGCACAGAAACUAAAAGAAACUUUAUUAUUAUUAUUAUUAUUCAUCUUUUUGUUACUUUUACGUAAAUUGUAAUUUAUUUAUCUCUCCAUGCUUUCAAGCAUUAAUCAUUGCUUAAUUACACAAAACUAAGCUGGAAAAAAUUUGUUUAUAUUUAUGACUUACAAUAUUAUCUAAACCGCAUUUCUUUUAAAAAUAUGUGACAGUUGUGUAAAGUAGGUAUUUACCCUCAACUUUUUUUUUUUUUAGUUUAUUUUAGUUGUGUCUCUAUAAAUUAUAAUUUGUGGGGCAAGAUGGAAGCAAAUAUUUCUUUACCAACCAUAAUAUGCCAUUUUCCAUGUGACAACAUUAUGUAAUAAAGCACACACACACACACACACACACACACACACACACACACACACACAGAUCUAUCAGUUUUCCUGAAAAGGUCAGGAAAUGUAUUUUGAUAUAUUUAAUAAAACAGUUUUCAUGAAUACUGCACUAGCCAUGUUAAGGGAAGAAUUAAAAACAUUUUGUGCCAGAAGGAUUUUCUGUGCCACUAAAGUCUUAAGUGUUAAUGUACUGUAAGGCACUUGGUUUAGAUUGAACAUUUUGUAAAUGAAGGUAACGAGCUUUUUGAAGUAUUGUAUUUUAAUGCUUUUAGGCUUUUGUAUCUGUAGGCUUUAGAUAUUUGUAUAGUGUAAAUUAUAUUAAUACAGGUACUGUGUUAAAUUCACAAUUAAAAAAAAAUCGUUGGGUUUUUUUCAUAUUAUUAAAUAUUGGUUCUGUUUUAUCAGUGAUAUACUUUUUUUGUGCAACAUUAACUGAAUGCUGUGCAGAAUGCUUUAGGCCUUUAGGAUGAAUGGUUCACUUUUGUUGGUUCAUGCAAAUUAGUAUGCAGCUGCAGUCAUUUGUGGCAUAAUGCAAAUUUUUCUUGCCAAGUAUUACAUUUUGUAAGCAGCUUCAUCCUAGUACUCUGAGGGGAAUUUAGUGCUUUUGCCUGUAAGAAAGACUUACCAUUAUGUAGACUAUUUUUCAUGUACUCUUAAAAGGCAUUACUUAAUUUAGCAACAAAGUCAAAAGUAAAAUCUGCAGACUUGUGUGCAGUUCUCAGCGAGAUAGCAAUACACCGUAUAGAACUUCCUAUGAAUGACUGAAUGAUUUAUUAUGUAAAUAAUCAAGAUUGUCUUAAUAAAAUGGACAUAUAAGAUUAUUUCACAAAGCAAAUCAUUGUUUUCAAACUGACCAUCAGUGCAAUGGGAAAUCUUCUGGACAGUUGUAAAUGUUAAAUUGUUUGUAAUUUUUGUAUAAAAAAUAGUGGUUCUCUGAUUAUUCUACUUUUACUGAUUCAUACCAAUACCAUGUGCUUUAAUAGCACAUGUAUUAAUACCACAUGCUCGGCUGCGUCACAUACAUGCUUUUAUUUUGUACAUCUACUCAUCUUGAAACAUUAGUGUUGUAUUACAUUUUUAUAAUAAUCUUUAUAAUCAGUAUGGUAUUUCUUAUUACUAUAUUUCACAUAACAUGUAGUUCAUACUGCAGGUGAUUUUUCUAGCCUAAAUUAAUUUCUGUGAAUUGAUGGUGCCAACAUUAUUUGUCAAUAACUAUAUUUUAACCACUACAGUAAUGUAGUAUAUAGCCCAUAGCCCCACUGAGCAGCACUGAUGUAUUCCUGCUCCACAGAUUCACUGUAUGUUCAGCUCAGUAACUCAGUAUGCACUGAAGUCACAGUUCACAAUAUUAGCUCUUAGACAAAUGAUUGUCGGUUGUGUAACAUCUCUUUCUUUUCAUUUUUUUUUUUUUUGCUCAGAAUGCACUCAUUUUUUGCUUUUUUCUUCUUGUGCAUGUUUUUGAGAUACCUGUAUUUUUCUGUACAUUCCUUUGUAAUGAGUUUUGAGAGCUCCAACCAAAACACUUUGGUUUUAUUUACUCUGUACGUUGUAAGGAUGCUUAAUUUACAAUGGUGUUGAAGCUUUCAUUGGCAGAAAUAGACAUUUUAUUCAGCUGUGUUGCUUUUUAUAUGUAUUUUUAAUGACAUCUCUUUUGCCUAUCUGUCUAUCUGUCUGCCUAUCUGUCUGUCUGUCUUCAGUAGGGAGACUGCUAUUGAUGUAGGGGGCUUUGUUAUCUAUGUCUCUGUCUAUCUAUAUAUCUGUCUCUUUGUUUGUCUGUGUUUUUUUUUUUUUUUUAAAAAGUAUGAUUUCUUCUGUUUUUUAAUCUCAUGUAUAUCUCAUACUAAAUAGUUUUAGAUCUUCAAGCGAAAUAUAACAUAAAACAAGUCAACCUUUGUAAACACCUGAGCAGCCUUAGAAAACACACAAUGUAGUUUUUAUUUAUUUAUUGUUUAUUAAAACAAAAAAAGGUCCCCUUAAACUUAAAAUCUGGUUGUGCCACCUUUAGCAGCAAUAAGUGCAAACAAACGCUUCAGAUAACUGGAGAUCAGUCUUUCAGUUACUUCCAGGACUAUGACUAUGCUUUGGAUCAUUGUCUUGCUGUAUAAUCCAGCUACGCUUGAGUUUCAACUUACGGACUGAAGACCAGACAUUCACCUUUAGGAUUUUUGCCCAGUGUGUUUCUGAAAGUAGAGACAUGAAGAGUGAUCUUUAUUGAUACAAGAGAGGCCUCUAGGUGCUUUGAUGUUGUCCUUGGCUCUUUUGUGACUUGCUGGAUGAGUAGUUGCUGUGCUCUUGGAGGAAUUUUGGAAGGUCUUCUAGGAAGGUUCAAUACUGUGCUUAGUUUCUCCAUUUGGAGAUAACGGCUCUCACUGUGGUCCUUUGGAGUCGGAGAGCUUUUGAAAUAGCUUUGUAACCCUUCCCAGACUGAUGUAUUUUGAUCACCUUCUUCUUCAUCAUCAUUUCUGGAAAUUCUUUCAACUUUGGCAUAGUGUGUUACUGGUAAGACCUUUUAACCAACUUCAUGCUGUUGAAAAAGUUCUAUUUAAGUGUUGAUUUGAUUGAACAGGGUUUGCAGUAAUCAGGCCUGGUUGAGUCUAGUCCAGCUGAACCCCAUUAUGAAUGCAGUUUCAUAGACUUGGGGAAUUAGUAACUAUGGGGGCAAAUACAUUUUCACACAGGCCCAGUUGGUAUUGGAUAACUUUUUUGCUUCAAUAAAUAACAACAUCAUUUAAAAACUGUGUUUUUGUGUUUACUCAGGUUGCCUUUGUUUUAUUUUAGAUUUUGUUUUAAUUUAUGAAACUAUUUAGUAUGAGAUACACACAAAACAGAAGAAAUCAGGCAAAUACUUUUUCACAGCACUGUCUAUCUAUCUAUGGUAUAUUACUGUGUCUGUCUGUCUAUCUGUCUUAUCUAUCUGCCUGUCUGUUGACUGCAUUGUUACAGUACAAAGCACAAAUAAAUGCAGUAAAUAAAAAUUUACCAAUAGUAUAGAACUAACUAGGUAAUUUUUAUAUAACAGUAUAAUUAUAUGUUCAGUGUGAUACUUGAUGACUAUUCACUACAGAAAGAACAUUUAGGAUUUAGCCUCCACACACACGGAUGAUCAAUAUGGUCCGACAUGAAUCAGAGCAGACCGGCAGUAUUUAAAAUGACCAGUAGAUGGUGCCAAAGGUACAGUUUCUGAUCUGUGCACGCUAUAGCAAGGAUUAAAUCUCCCCAAGACAAUGCAGCAUCUCUAAAUUAUUUCAUGCAUUAUACAGUCACGAACUGAUCUAGCAUGAAGCAGCUCCAUCCAUACAGGAACAGAUGCACAUAUUGCCUGAAUUAUUCAUUCUGCUGUGUUUUAGGCUGUGCACUCCAAAAACAAUAGCUGUCCUCAUGAGGUGGAUGAUGCAGGUGCUUCAGCAGUUGAGUCAAUUCCUCAAGCUAGGAAACAGAGCUGUAGACCUGAUCCUGUCUCUAGUCUCCCGAGGACAUUGACAGUGACAUGAGCGGUUGUGUGAUUUAUUCCAGCUUUUGCCAGAUAGUAAAAGUCAUGCAUCACUGUAAAGAUGCAAUGAGAAGUAGAGGCGCAUUGUCAUCCAUCUUAACUGAGAGUACCUGUGUCUCUGUACAACACACUGAUCUGAAAUAUUUUCAUCUAAAUGGACUGGUCAGGAUACACUACAUAACACCAGUUAUUAAAUUCCAACUCCACUGGUAAAGCUACAAACAGAGACAUGCCAUUCUAGUACACAUCAGGCAGAUGUCUCUAUUGACUCAGACCUCUAAAAUAAACACAAAGGACCAACUUAUCAUAACAGUGAUUAGGACCCUUAUGAGCUAAACAGCACAUCUGAGAUCAGACCUGAUGGACUGUGAAGAGUUUCCACCUGCUUCUCCAUGUGCUCUUUAUUGUUCUGUCUGAAUCAUAGCUACUUCUUCUCACAAUUGGGCUGCUGGUGUACUCCAUAAAACCGCUAUAAUCAUCUUUCUAACGGUUUGUUGCCUGAGGGCAUAAUCUCAUGCUUUUUAGGAGAGACUGCCUUCUUAAUUUAAAC